AUGAAGUUCUCGAUAUCUCUGGCAGCGCUUCUCGCAUCAGGAGCUUGGGCAGUGGCACUAUCAGCAAGAGCUGGGGAAGACCAAAUUCCCAAUGGAGUGAUUGCUGUAGAUAUUCAGCACAAACGCGAGGUUGGCCGUCUAGGUAAAAGAGACGCGUCAAAUGAUAUUUAUGGAAGCUAUGUUAUCGUGUUCGGUGUAGGAACUCCUACUCAGCAACAGAGUGCUAUAGUGGAUACAGGAUCCAGUGAUCUUUGGAUAAAUGGACCAUGGAGUGGCCAGACUCCUUUUUAUAAUCCAGCAAAAUCAACAUCUUAUCAAUACGAUAGUGAUGGAUUCUACAUUGCCUAUGGUUCGGGUGACGCGUCAGGUUACUGGAUAUCAGAGGAUGUAAACAUUGCCGGGUCUACACUAAAAAACCAACAAAUGGGGCUAGUCAACAACCCAAGCGCGGGCCAGGCGGUCUUCGGAAUUGGAAUGAUGACCAACGAAGUGGCCAACACACAAUACAACAACGUGCCACAAAAUCUCUACGUACAAAAUCUAAUCAAGGCCAAUGCAUAUUCAAUCUACUUAGACAAUCUUGAAACAUCGACAGGCCGUAUACUUUUUGGAGGCAUUGAUUCAAGCAAGUAUAAUGGAACUUUGUAUUCAGUUCCUAUAACCGAUAACGUAUCAUUUUAUGUGGAUGUCAAUGAGAUUACAGUUGGCGGAAAAACCGUUACCAACAACGGUAAGUUCUCCGGGCUGAUGGAUUCAGGAACUACCUUUUGUUACUUGCCUAGUAGUAUAGCAAAAAAUGUGGCCCAAGAGUUCAAUGCGCAAUUUGAUCCAUCCACAGGAUUAUAUUUUGCUCAAACAAACACUUCUAGCAAAGAAUUUGUAUUCAACUUUUCCGGUGCGACUAUUAAGGUGCCAGCCAGUGAGAUGCUAGUAGAUGCCAGCUACAUUAUGCAGGGAAGUUCACCAGGACCAUAUGUUCUUGGAGUGGUUCCAAGUGAUGAAGCACCAUACAUUAUCGGCGAUACUUUCCUUCGGUCAGCUUAUGUCGUUUUUGAUGUGAGCACGAUGCAUAUCGCAAUUGGCCAAGCAAGUUACGAUGCUAAUGCCAAUAUCAGCGCCAUUACCAAAGGAGGAAUUCAAGGAGCAGUUCCUGCACCGGGGUACAAUGCUAACCAGGCAGUCCGAACUAUUCUCACAGUAGCAAUACCAGGAUCAACUGGCCUUGGAGCCAACGAUGUCGAGGCAAACAAAGCAUCGUCACCAUCGGUGGCAGCAGCAUCAACCGCAUCCACUUCACCUUCAACCUUCCAAUGGCCAUGGUGGUGGCCCUUUAAGACAGCAAACUAA